CUGAAACGUUUGAAUGAGAUCCGGAUCCGGAUCCGGGCCAAGAAAAUCGGACGCGAGCAAGCAAGCAAGCAAGAAUCUCAUCUCUGGAAGUUUCGAGCUUCAGAAACUGGGAGCAAUUGAAAACAACCCGAUCGAUCUUCUGCAAUUGGAAGAAAGACGAGAUCUUGUAGAGGAGUGUAGUAUAUUCCAUUCUAUCAUCUCUAGAGAACAGGAGAUGGAGAAAGCAACAGAAACCCAGAAAUUCAUAUGGGAAGGAGCUAUUCCUUUACAGAUUCAUCUUCACGAUUCUGAUGUCACCACCACGCCUCCUCCUUCCCCCGCUCUGAUUCUAGCUCCUCGGAUUGGCUACCUGCCUUUGUUAGUUCCGCAGAUCAGACCUUUUUUCAGUGACGCACUUCCUCCUGGUGCAGAUACUGUAUGGUUUGACUACAAGGGAUUGCCGUUGAAGUGGUAUAUACCAACGGGAGUUCUAUUUGAUCUUCUUUGUGGUGAACCUGAAAGGCCAUGGAAUCUUACGGUACAUUUUAGAGGAUAUCCAGGAAAUAUUUUGACGCCUUGUGAAGAUGAAGAAAGUGUGAAAUGGAGCUUUAUUAAUUCACUGAAAGAGGCAGCAUAUAUAGUCAAUGGGAACUGCAAGAAUAUAAUGAACAUGUCUCAGUCUGAUCAAGUUGACCUAUGGCGGUCUGUUGUGAACGGGAACUUGGAAGCUUUCCUCAGAGUUUCUUCUAAACUUAAACUUGGUACUGCUGGAGAUGACUUUUUAUUGAAACCAGAUUCAGUUCCAGCAAAACCCGGUCAAAAUUCUGCUGAAGCGGAUAAUUCUGGUUCUGUUAAAACAGGGAGAAUCCCAGUUAGGUUGUAUGUUUUUAAUGCCCCUGAGGAUUUCAAAAACAUGGAAGAUGCUCCAUCUCUCGACAGUUGGGAUAGCCUGUCUUACAUAAAUCGACCAGUUGAGUUUCGAGGAGUUGAUGGAAAAUACUUAACUUUACUGGACGCGGUAAAAACUCUUCUUCCGGAAUAUUUUUCUCCAAAAUCAAUUGCCAACGAUGAUGUACCUGGAUCAGAAGAAUUGAGCAGCGCUGAGGCAAUACAAGAGGCUGGAGAAACUUCAUUUGAGAAGAUAGAAUCUUGCAUUUUUUCUGAUAUUGCUGAAAUCAAGCUUCUUCGGAUUCAAGGAAUUGAACCCAAACCGGAGACCCCUUUUGCCUGGGUGGCAAACAACUUGAAGAACCCAGAACACUUCCUCCAUAUUUGCGUGUACAUCAGAGUACCCGAGAAUCCGUUAUAGUUUAGUUAACACGAUUUCACAUUUGGCAUCAUUAGACUUCAUUUCUCAUCAUUAUUUUAAAAUAUGUUUGACCUUCCUGUAUAUACAAAACUGUAAAAAGUAGAUACAGAGUUCAGUCAUUAUUUUCUUCAAAUAUUAUUUAUCCC